GUCGUGAGAAGGUGGAAUUCCCUUCAGCACGAUUAUAAAAUCGGUGCAAUGCCAUCAACACCCAUCUUCUUUCCUUCCUUCCCGCCCACCACCUCCUCUUUUCUCGGUCGACGCUCUUCUUUCCGGAACUCAGCCAUUUCAACGGCACUGUGCGAUAAUCAUGUCCUCGGGAACCAUCUACAAUCAUCGGAGCCUCCAACCUUCGGGACCACCGACAUCUGGCCCCAGUCAGCCGCAUGGGACUCACGGCCAGAUUAAUGAAUCCUUCGAUCUCAUAAAACAAGAGUUCGACAACCUUGUAUCCGAUCUGAACGUUAUGCGACAGCAGAGGGAUGAGUAUGAGACAAAAAUGUCAUCUCAAGUUAACGAGCUUAAUAUUAUCCGGCAAUCUCUUUACGACCUGGAGACACAACAUACGAAAGUCCGGUCUCAAUACGAAGAGGAACUGACCCGUGUGCGCGCCGAGCUCCAUGCAUUGCGGCAGAAUAUUCCAGUUACAGGAGGACCUCCACCCCAUCCAGUUGUCGGGCCUGGUUCUAUUGGAGCAGCCGGAUCUUCUACCUCUGGUCUUCGAGAAAAUCUUUUGAUAUCUGGACCUCUUCCUUCGUCGUAUGGUGGUGACGCGUUUUACGGACGCGACCGUGACCUUCGUGAUCGUGAGAGGAUGCUCGACCGUGAUCGGGAAAGAGACAGAGACAGAGACAGAGACAGAGAAAACAGAGACCGAGAACGUGACAGAGACCGCGAACGUACUCUGGAUCAGCGAGAUCCCAAACGUCCCAAAACAGACCGUAUGAAAGGCGAACGUACAGACCACUUCAGUCCUCAAAUGCCUCCCAUUCCAGGGCAGACUCCGAAGAGUUUGCCGGGAUUGGUAGCGAUGGGUCCAGGAACUGGGCUAAGAGCAUCUUCCCCACCGUCACAGGCCAGCCUUCAGCCACCACCACCGUUUCCAACCUCGGGCUCAACCUCAGGCGCCUUACCUCCCAUGUCCGACCAAGCGCCCAGCUUCCUUGACUUGGAUAUGCAUGCCAUUCCACCCGAACUCAAAAAAGAGGCAAGCGAUUGGUUUGCAGUGUUUAAUCCGAAGAUCGAGAGAACGUUGGAUAUCAGCCUAGUCCACACCUUGAUACAUGCUACGGUGGUCUGUUGCGUACAGUUCUCUGCGGACGGCAAGUACCUAGCAACUGGAUGCAAUCGAACAGCCCAAAUCUACGACGUGAAGACGGGACAGAAAACAUGUGUGCUCGUUGACGAUGGCGCUGGAAAGACCGGCGAUUUGUACAUACGUAGUGUGCGAUUCAGCCCUGAUGGCAAAUACCUGGCCACGGGUGCCGAAGAUAAACAAAUACGGAUUUGGGAUAUCGCAAAGAAACGAAUCCGGAAUGUAUUUGAUGGGCACCAACAGGAAAUCUACUCGUUGGACUUCUCACAUGACGGGCGCCUUAUAGUUUCUGGGUCCGGGGACAAAACUGCACGGAUAUGGGAUAUGAACGGAGGAGGGCUUUCAAAGGUCCUGACAAUAACCGAUACUGAUACUUUAAACAACGAUGCCGGUGUUACUUCUGUCGCUAUCUCGCCCAACGGACAGUUGGUAGCCGCCGGGAGCUUGGACACUGUGGUUAGGAUAUGGGAUGUCUCUACUGGAAAUCUGGUAGAACGUCUCCGUGGACACCGUGACAGUGUUUAUAGCGUUGUAUUCACACCGGACGGGAAGGGCAUUGUAAGCGGAAGCCUCGACAGGACGCUGAAGUACUGGGAUGUUAGUGGACUGGCAAAAGGGAAGCAGGAGGGUGAUAAACCUAGCCCCUGCACCAUGAAUUUCAAUGGACAUAAGGACUACGUUCUCUCCGUUGCUGUUUCGCACGACGGUCACUGGGUCGUAUCAGGGUCGAAAGAUCGUGGGGUGCAAUUCUGGGACUCCCGUACCGCCAUCAUGCACUGUAUGCUACAAGGACACAAAAACUCAGUAAUAUCAAUAGACUUAAAUCCUACAGGUAACUUACUAGCAACGGGUAGCGGAGAUAAUCUCGCGCGGAUAUGGAGUUAUAACACAAAUUAUAACAGUAUUUAAGCUGUCCUAUCUUGUAUAUGUACCUGUUGUAUUCAUCGGAGCCGUUUUUUCUUAUGCCGAUGUCGUUGACGUGUCAACCACCAACCCGGGUACCGUUUUUGUCAAUGCAUUGCCACCACACACUGCAUUGGGGAUA